CCCUCUCUGGUAGUUCAGUAAACUUUCAAUUCGUACAAGAAAGGCGAUCGAUAUCCACGUGAAUAAACCUUCGUUACACCACGUACUCUAGAACAUAGAAACGAGACGGUUAUAACGGCGUCUGGCACCGGUUCAGUUUUACUUCUCUAGUUUUUUUGUAAGUUAUAAGUUAUUAAUUUUAAACUAUAAAGUAAUAAUGUUCUCCAGUCGUUUGUUACUACAAACUAAACGCACAUUUGCUGUAUAUACGACGGCAAUGGCACAGUUGAAAGUAGCAAUUAUAGGUCAAAGUAAUUUCGCAGCAGAAGUUUAUAAACUUCUGAAGCAAGAUGGUCACAAAAUUACUGGAGUGUUUACAAUACCGGAUAAAUCUAAUCGAGAAGAUCCUUUAGCUGCGACAGCAAAAGCAGACAAUACUCCAGUUUUUAAAAUCAAAGCAUGGCGAAGUAAAGGUGUGCCGCUACCUGAAAUUUUAGAUCUUUACAAGAGUAUUGAUGUUGAUCUUAAUGUAUUACCGUUUUGCACCCAAUUUAUUCCAAUGGAAGUUAUCGAUCAUCCAAAACACAAAAGUAUUUGUUAUCAUCCAUCUAUUCUUCCUCGUCAUCGUGGUGCGAGUGCUAUAAGUUGGACUUUGAUUGAAGGCGAUACAGAAGCUGGAUUUUCAAUAUUUUGGGCCGACGAUGGUUUGGAUACAGGCCCUAUUUUGCUACAAAAAUCAUGUUCAGUUGAUCCAGAUGACACUUUAGAUACCUUGUACAAUAACUUCUUAUAUCCAGAAGGUAUUAAAGCAAUGGGCGAAGCAGUAAAUCUUGUGGCGAGUGGAAAAGCGCCGAAAAUACCCCAAUCUGCAGAAGGUGCAACCUAUGAUGCGUUAUUAAAUAAAGAAGAAUUGCAGAAGAUUGAUUGGAAAAGUAAAUCUGCGUUACAAAUUCACAAUUUUAUUCGAGCGUUUGAUAGUACACCUGGUGCUUGGACAACAUUGGAUGGUCAAAAAGUCCGCUUUUACGGAUCGAAAUUGUGGAGUGAAAAGAAACCUGAAGGAGAUGUUGUCGACGUCGAUGGUAACACUGGGAUUGUUCAUGACAGCGGUUUAUUAGUCGUCGCUUCAGAUGGAAAAUAUGUGAACGUCGAGAAGCUUAAAAUUGGAACUAAAACGAUUCUGGCGUCCAAGUACGGGAAGGUCAGUGAAUCAGCGAGCAUCGACUUUACGGAUGAAGAAAAAAUAAAUGUUGAAUCGAUAAGACAAAUUUGGAAAAGUAUUCUUAACGUAGAAGUAGACAAUGAUACAGAUUUUUUUGCUUGUGGUGCUGGUAGCAUGGACGUAGUAAGACUGGUCGAAGAAGUUAAAGACCUUAUUGGCGUGACAAUGCAAAACACAGAUGUAUUUAUGGCACCAGUUUUCAUUGAAUUUGCAACGUCAGUUAUUGCAGCAGGUAGAGGAGCUACUGGAGCCGGGAAAGACGUUAAAUAUGAUGCUGUUGAAGUUCGUGCAAAUAAUCUUGAUUUAAAAUUUCCACGUCAGCUUUUUAUCAACGGACAGUUUGUCAAUGGCCACGGUAAACCAAUACCUACCAUUGAUCCACAUGAUGAGCAUGUUAUAUGUCACGUUGAGAGCGCAACUUCUGAGGACGUUGAUCUGGCAGUGAAAGCUGCCAAGAAAGCAUUUGACGAGGGAGAAUGGAGCAAAAUAAGUGCCCGUGAUCGUGGUGCUUUACUUUUUAAGUUGGCAGAUUUGAUGGAGCAGCAUAAAGAAGAAUUGGCAACGAUUGAGAGCAUCGAUUCGGGAGCUGUUUACACUCUGGCUUUAAAAACUCAUGUAGGAAUGUCAAUUGAAACGUGGAGAUACUUUGCCGGUUGGUGCGACAAAAUCCAAGGGUCAACUAUUCCUAUAUCGCAUGCGAGGCCAAAUCGUAAUUUAACUUUUACCAAAAAAGAGCCCAUUGGAGUGUGUGGUUUGGUCACACCUUGGAACUAUCCACUAAUGAUGUUGUCAUGGAAAAUGGCAGCUUGUUUAGCUGCCGGGAACACUGUUGUGAUGAAACCAGCUCAAGCUUCGCCGCUCACUGCUCUUAAGUUUGCUGAACUAUCGGUUAAAGCGGGUAUUCCACCUGGCGUUAUUAACAUUGUACCCGGUAAUGGCUCAGUGACAGGAAUGUCUAUUGUCAAUCAUCCACUAAUUAGAAAGCUUGGGUUUACUGGUUCUACGGAAAUCGGGCAAACGAUCAUGAAAAGCUGUGCAGAGAGUAAUUUGAAAAAAGUUUCUUUGGAGUUAGGUGGGAAAAGUCCACUUGUUAUAUUUGAAGAUGCUGAUUUACAGCAUGCUGUUAGAGUUGGCAUGAGCAGUGUCUUUUUCAAUAAAGGAGAAAAUUGUAUCGCUGCAGGCCGUCUCUUUGUUGAAGAUAGGAUUCACGAUGAAUUUGUGAAGCGAACUGUUGAAGAAGUUAAAAAAAUAGUUAUCGGGAAUCCGUUGGAUAGAAAAACAUCUCACGGACCACAGAAUCACAAGAAUCAUCUAGAUAAACUGAUCGAAUUUGUAGAGACAGGUGUGAAAGAAGGCGCGACUUUGGUCUACGGUGGAAAACGAUUAAAUAGACCAGGAUGGUACUUCGAACCAACUAUUUUCACCAAUGUCAAAGAUGAAAUGUUCAUUGCUAAAGAAGAAUCAUUCGGUCCAAUUAUGAUCAUAUCCAAAUUUAGUUCUAACAAUUUAGAUAAAUUGAUAGCGCGUGCUAACAAUACCGAAUUCGGGCUUGCUUCAGGUGUUCUUAGUAAGGAUAUCAGUCGAGCUUUGCGUUUUGCUGAAAAAAUAGAUGCUGGAACGGUAUUUAUUAAUACUUACAAUAAAACUGAUGUAGCUGCACCGUUCGGUGGAUUUAAACAAUCAGGAUUUGGCAAAGAUUUAGGCCAGGAAGCACUUAAUGAGUAUCUGAAAACGAAGACUGUGACUAUCGAAUAUUAAAUAUUUAUAUCAAUUGAAUUCAUA